GAGGCAUCAUUGUCACUGCUGGUGAUGACGUCACCAGUUGACACUUUGCGUUAUUACGUUUCUUAGAUAAACAAGAUACGAUAUGUUAACAGUUGGAAUUUGGGAUUUAUAGUUCUUUUUAGUUUGAUUACCAUAAGUUUUGCCACUAAUUCUAAUAUUCAAUGAAUUAGUAAACGGAUCCAAGGUAUGAAUGAUAUGAAUGGAAUAGGAAGAAUAGACAAUGUUACAUAUCAAAGUAGUGAUCUCCCAGUUACAGCAGGGAGUAAUCCUGAAACUAUAAUUGUAAAGGAUACAUCUGAUAACAGUACUUUUGGAAAUGGAACAAUUGUUGAGAUACCACCAAUAUUUCUACAAACAAAUGCUGCACAAACAAUCUCAGGUGCUUUUGUUUGGGCAGCAUUAAUUAUAACAUGCCAUCAGGUAAAAGUUUAUUUUGAAUAUAUGUUAAGAUAAUUUAUAUGUUAUAAA